ACUUUCUCCUUCUCAACUUUGCUCUCCUUUCAAGGCAUCGCGAAGACUCUUACCAACUCUUUAUAAUACUCUGACUCUUCGUCCACUCUCUGCUUCUGCCUCUUGGCUCAAACACCACUUCGACUCACGCUUUACAUUCGUGACUCCCCCGCCUACUCUACUCUACUCUACUCUUCUAUACCAACACCAACAACCAACGCAAUGGCUCUCGACAUGUGGACACACGAGUUCUGCCUUGCCUGCGACCGACAGGUCCAGGUCGACGGCGACGCCUACUGCUCUGAAGCAUGCAAAAUGUCCGACUUCGAAAAGACUCCCUCCACUCCCAGCUCGCAGGCCAGCUCGCCCGGCUUCGCUCCUGUCUCCUACGCUAGAUCAGGCAGCCUCUCAAGCCGACCUGCUCCCACCAAGUUCUACCUGUCUCCCGCCUACGACUUCAACCAGGCCCAGCCUUACGGCUCAACACCUCGGUCGUCUUCGUCCUUUGGCAGCUACAUGUCGGAGAUGUCACCUCUCUCCGCGAACCGGGGCCUCACUCCCUCGAGCUCACACAGCAGCCUCUGCUCCAUGCAGAGCGUCUCCUCCACCGCCGAGGCAAGCCAACUGUCAGACAAGGCACGCAUGGAACUGCGAGCAUACGCCGUUUCAUUCGAGCAGGUCAGACUGCAGCGCCGGCGAUCAUACUAAAUCACCAACAUCCACCAUACGAAUACACACACUCUACCAUUACGCAACUCAAUCAUACGCAACACAAACAUGAAACGAUACGAAACCAUAUUACCAUUACUUGCUAUACUGUUCUUGUUCAUUUGAACAAGGCCUUUUUUUCCUUUACGUCUUUAUUUCCCUUGAGUUGUAUCAAGACGGACGUUACAUGGAGCACCGUAUACCCAUAAAAGCACUUUUUUGCCUCUUUGGAAUUCUUUUUUUAAUUGAGCGCACUGUCUUCUCUACAACCCACCUCUUUAUUAUUUCUUUUGUCACGGAGUUUUAUCGCGGAAUGAUUUGGAUUUGACGGGACCCCGCUGCGGGCGUCUGUAUACCACAACAUAACACAAAGAUUGGGCGGAGACUUGAUAUCAAACCACUGUUUAUUAUUAGCAUGGCACAAGGGAAACACAUUUGGGUGCUGGCGGGCAACACAUUAUGAUAUUUGGGACAUGAUCAGCGGCGCAGACCAAGAUUUUGGGAUCAGAGCAAGAAUGAUGGCGCAGAUAAAGGCAGUCGGCGUGCUGCGGAGCCGCCCGGUCACUGGAAAUUUACUGUUUGGACAAAAAGACCAAGGGAAGGGGGAAUGGGGGAGGCAAGAGAAGCAAAAAAAGGAUGGAUUCUUGGAAAUUGGAUAGCUCAAGCUGAAGAUGCUCUGCAUCGUCAAUGAAUAGAAACAACCUGUCUAAGACUUGGUC